CGCCCGCCGUGGGGGCACCUGGGAGGAGGCGGAGAACAAUAUGGCGGAUGGUGAGGAGCCGGAGAAGAAAAGAAGGAGAAUAGAGGAGCUGCUGGCUGAGAAAAUGGCUGUUGAUGGUGGGUGUGGGGACACUGGAGACUGGGAAGGUCGCUGGAACCAUGUAAAGAAGUUCCUCGAGCGAUCUGGACCCUUCACACACCCUGAUUUCGAACCGAGCACUGAAUCUCUUCAGUUUUUGUUAGAUACAUGUAAAGUUCUAGUGAUUGGAGCUGGCGGCUUAGGAUGUGAGCUCCUGAAAAAUCUGGCAUUGUCUGGUUUCAGACAGAUUCAUGUCAUAGACAUGGAUACUAUAGAUGUUUCUAAUCUCAAUAGACAGUUUUUAUUUAG